AUGGGAGCAGAAGAAGGACACUCCAAUGCUUUGGAGGAUAUCACUUUUGGAAGUGUAGCUGGGAUGGUAGCUAAAGUAUUCGAACAUCCAUUUGACCUCGUCAAAGUUCGAUUACAAUCUCAACCUACCGAUCGACCAGCUACAUUCAAAGGUCCUUGGGACUGUUUCAACCAGACGAGACGAAGAGAGGGAUUUUUGGGUCUGUACAGAGGUCUAACAGCUCCUCUGCUUGGAGCAGCAUGUGAAAACGCCACGCUGUUCUUAUGUUAUAACAAAUGGAAGGAACUCAUCUUAACGGUCAGACCUGAGAUACAUGGAACAGGUUCAGGAUCGCAGAAAGGAAAAGCGAGGGAAUUGACGACUUCAGAAUUGGCUGUUGCAGGUGGUGGGGCAGGUUUCAUGGCUAGUUUUGUCUUAACGCCAAUCGAACUGAUCAAAUGCCGAAUGCAAGUCCAAAGACUAGCAAUGGAAGGAACCGUUCCUUCCACUGUCUCACCACUCUCAACUUCCCCUCAGACCGGCUCUCAUCCUAUCUCAUCUACGCCACACAUCCCUUCCUCUUCCUCUGGUGCAGCUUCUUCAGCAAGACCAGCGGUGAAACUACAGGGUCCAAUAGCAUUGAUAGGAGACGUUAUACGGAAGAAUGGAUUCAAAGGAUUAUGGUUGGGACAAACAGGGACUCUGUUCCGUGAGACGGGAGGUUCAGCAGCUUGGUUCGCGACUUUUGAAUAUACAGCUAGACUAUUCAUCUCUAUUCAUCAAAAGCAACCACAAAAUUCGGACAAGGUCAUUACGAAAAGAGAUUUAGCGAAAUGGGAAUUGAUGGUAUCAGGAGCAAUGGCAGGAAUAGCCUAUACGGUAUCUUUGUUUCCAGCGGAUUCGAUAAAAUCAGCUAUUCAAACUCAAGCUGAAUUAAAUCCAAAUUCGACACCACCAUCUUUUGUACAGAUGGCGAAGACUAUUUAUAGAUCAAGAGGUAUAAAAGGUUUAUAUGCUGGAUGUGGAACGACAAUUGCGAAGAGCGCACCGAGCAGUGCGAUGAUUUUCGCUAUUUAUGAGACGCUGGAAUCGAACUUUGGUGGUUUCCUGGGAUAG